AUGCUACUCUAACCAUUAGAUCAUCUCAUGAAUCAACGGCCCAUAUCAAUUCUCAUUACAUUAAAUGGCCUUUUACUUCCUCAAUAAAUACAAACUUUUAACUGAAAAAAAAUGUAAUACACUCCGACAUAGAUUUUGCACCACACCAAACAAACUCUUCCAUCUCCACCAUCUUCUUCCUUCUCCAAUGGAGUCUGCAACAAACUUCACAAAUGACCAAAACACCCCUCCACCAUUUCCCUUCCCCAACAUCAACUUGAAGCUAGAAACACUCGACAACGAAUACUUCUCCAUAGACAACCUCGUAUCACCAAAAAAUCACGUCGUCCUUCAAGAAUAUUUCCAAAACCUCGAUCAAACCCCCUUGUCCGUUUCUCCGUUCAAUCCGUAUAAUAUCGAAACACAAUCCAACGCCUUCGAUCCGUUUGAUCCCUUUCCACAUACGGAUUUCGGUCUAUACGAGUUCAAGCCCUACGAAGAAAACGGCAGCACUAUUAUUAGUGCAGCCAUGCAUGAUCUACAAGGUGGUGGAUUCUUUAACUUUUCGGACCAGAAAGAUUCUUCGGUCGAAAUCGAGACAUCGUUAAAGUACGACGAUGAUAUGAUGUUGCCUUUAAGCUUUUUAAUUCCCGAUGAGAGCUCUUGUGUGAGUAAUGUUGAUAAUCUUGAAGAAGAUGGCCGUAAAAGAAACAAGAAUGUAAUUAAGAAGUGCGAUAGGGCUCGGAAGAAGGCGAAAUCGUCGAAGGGGCAGUGGACUAAUGAAGAGGACAGGUGAGAUUAAAAAAAAAAAUGUCGUCUUC